AUGUUUUGCUGCCGCUACGUUCCAUUCACAGUCGAUGAAAGAUCAAAAUCGCCAACACAAAAAACCCUCCUCCGACCCGUCAAGCUUGGACAUUCAUUGCAGCCGAGCUUUUCCUGCUGCCUGAAGAUGAGAUUAUCCACAUCUCACCGGGCUCGUCAAUCUGCUCUUUUUGUCGGAGGGACAAAGCUACCUCUAGAUCCUUCUCGCGGCUUAGGUAAUGACGGCUCGUCUCCUUGGACUACCAGCGGUUCUUCGGCAACGGCACUUUGCAUGUCGGCACACACAUCUUGGCCGAUGGCGCGUAUCCUUCCAUCCACGACUGCCACUGCCAUGCUGACAUCCGCAUCGCCCGGGGUAGGAUUUUUGAAGCUGCUACUUGCCUUUGUGUCGGGGGGACUCUUCUUUUCGACGGCCAUUGCGGCCGUUACGGCCUGCUACGCCAUUGGCUUGGACAACGUCAAGCGCGUCUGGGACAUUGUCAAGCUCGUCCUACGGUCGGUUUGGAUCAGUUUUACACUGGCUCUGUCGGCAGCCAAAAUAGCGUUGCGUCAAGACGGAUCCUGGAAGUGGAAAGAAGCCUGGCAGGUACUCAAGGCCCGCUUAGCAGAGACUAGGCAAAAGGCGGCGGAAGGAGUACAAGCGAUUCGCCAGGAAGCGAGCUUGUAUGCUGCUGCCGUGGGAGCUCCCGGACUAAUUGUACUGCAAUAUGUAGUGGAUCGGUUGUUUCCGCUUAGUCUUGCAGCCGCAAUGGAAGAGUCACUGCAGGACACUUUGCAGACAGUCAAGAAUCGGAACGUCAAAAAGCUAACACUCGUGAGUUUCGGAAUUGGCAAGAAAACACCCAAACUGGAAGCCGCGCGUGUCUAUGACUUGGGAGACAAGGGUAUGGCUUUUGAUUGUGAUAUGGAAUGGAAUAGUCAAGUGAGUGCGGUUAUUAACCUGUAUACCGCUGGAGGUCUCGCAAGACUACCGGUGGAAAUCAAAAACAUUCGCUUCGACGGAGUUGUUCGGGUGAUCUUGGCUCCGUUGACCAAAGCACCGCCCGGAUUUGGUGCCAUCUUGGUGUCCCUACCGUCGGUGCCUAAAAUUGGUCUAGAUGUUCGGAUAGCCGGUGGUGAUAUCACGCGCAUUCCGUGGCUCCGGUCGGAACUUAUGAACGCAAUUCAAAAGGGCAUUGCUGACGAACUUCUCUGGCCGCGACGUAUAGUCAUCCCCUCCACGCUACCCACAGCAACUAAGCCGAAGCCUUUACUAUCCAAAGCGGAAUUAGAUCUGCUUGUUUCAACGGAUCCGUUGUUGCGUGCCGAAAAAGCGUUGCAGGAGCGGCCCAUCCUUCGUGACCAGAUGGAAGAUGCACAGUCUGACGUCAAGGCUCUGCGCAAACUAACCAAGAUAUUCUUUAAUCCGAAAGAAGACGCAAAUGGCACGGGACACACUACAGAGAACCCUGCAGGAAUAGCGGAAGGGUCUGAAUUGGGUGACAAAACAGGAAAUGCUCCCCACGUAACUCCCAUUGAUUUGCGCAAGCACAUGGCGACCAUUCAGAAUGGUGUCUUGUUGGGGCCAAUCUUUCAAAGUUUUCAACAAAGAUGAUUGCAUGUGAGUAGGCAGGAAGUGACGAUGAACUACUUAUAAAUAUGUUGACAAUG